UUCACGAACGCCACCAACACAAGAGAAGGAGAACAGAGUUUGUGAUUUUGCCCUUUCUGCACACUCGUUUGCCUAAGUGCAGUUGUGUAAUUCACUGCAUUUAUUUAUUUCUGGUGUUCUUUCUUAUCUGGCAGUCACUACGGUUUACUAAAAUGUUUGCUGCCAGUAGAGCGCUGCGUGUGUGUCAGAGAGUGGCAAAUGUUAGUUUAUCGCGACGCGGAUGCGCUGGGGCUGUUUCAGUAGAUGACAUCGUCAACGGUCUUACCGACGAGCAGAUCCAGCUCAGACAGACUGUUCAGAGAUUCUGCCAGGAGAAACUCGCUCCCCAUGCCGAUGAGAUUGACAAGAAAAACGAGUUUCCUCGCAUGAGGGAGUUUUGGAAGGAAAUGGGGGAACUUGGACUGCUUGGAAUCACUGCUCCAGUGGAAUACGGUGGAACAGGAAUGGGAUAUCUGGAUCAUGUGAUUGUCAUGGAAGAGAUCUCCCGAAUAUCUGGAGCUAUUGCACUCAGCUAUGGAGCUCACUCCAACCUGUGCAUAAAUCAGAUGGUUCGACAUGCAAACCAGAAACAGAAGGAAAAGUACAUGCAAAAAUUGUUGUCAGGGGAACAUGUGGGAGCUUUGGCCAUGAGUGAAGCCAACUCUGGUUCUGACGUGGUGUCCAUGAGACUGACAGCCAGAAAACAAGGGGACCAUUAUGUGUUAAAUGGAAAUAAAUUCUGGAUUACGAAUGGACCCGAUGCGGAUGUUCUUAUUGUGUAUGCUAAGACAGACCCAGAAGCAGCAGCCCGUGGCAUCACCUCUUUCAUCAUCGAGAAGGGCAUGCCAGGAUUCAGCACUGCGCAAAAGUUGGAUAAACUGGGAAUGAGGGGAUCCAACACUUGUGAACUUGUCUUUGAGGACUGCAAGGUUCCUGAGGAAAACGUAUUGGGCCCGUUAAACAAAGGUGUAUAUGUUUUGAUGAGUGGUUUGGACCUUGAGAGACUGGUACUGGCUGCUGGACCUGUUGGUAUAAUGCAGGCUGUGCUGGACCAUGCAAUCCCCUAUCUACAUGUUCGUGAAGCCUUUGGACAGAAAAUUGGCCUCUUUCAGCUAAUGCAAGGAAAAAUGGCUGAUAUGUAUACACGGCUUAGUUCGUGUCGGCAGUAUUUAUACAAUGUUGCCCGCGCUUGUGACAAAGGCCAUUUCAGUGCUAAGGACUGCGCUGGGGUAAUUCUUUAUUGUGCUGAGAACGCGACUCAAGUUGCCUUGGAUGGGAUUCAAUGCCUGGGUGGAAAUGGGUACAUCAAUGAUUACCCAAUGGGCCGCUUUCUAAGGGAUGCUAAGCUUUAUGAGAUUGGAGCUGGAACCAGUGAAGUCAGAAGACUGAUCAUUGGCAGGUCUUUCAAUGCAAUGUUCAAAUAGGAGCAGCAUUUUCCCGAAUGAGUGUCAGAUCUUAUUAAGCACCCGUAAUCAUAAGCUAAAGUUUUCAUUAGAGACUCAUUAGACACUUUAACUAAAAUAGAAUGCUUUGUUUUUCAUGACGGUUUUCUUCAAAUGUCAAAAAUCAUUGACAUCCUCUACUGUCACAAAGUGGUCACACCACAAGAACAAACGCAAUAAGAGAUUUAUUGGUCAACCUGCAAGAAACUUCUAAAGGAUCGAAAAUAAAUUCUUCUUAACAGACCUAAAUGCACUUUGUCCCUUUUGGAAUUAAAAGCAUUUAUGGUGGGGCACACUCUUUUGACAAUUCCUUUUUCCUAGAAGCUUUUGACAUGUUUUGGGUGUGUCUGUAUCACGCUGUAGAGGUAAUUGUCUCUUCUCAAAUCACUGUCGAUUGUUAUAUGUAAAGUAUUUUGCAUAUAACCCUAACCUGAUGUGACCUUGUUGGUGUCCUUUGUGAAGAAAAUUUACAAGAUAUUUAAUGAAUGUAGUUUGGACAUUCUCUUAUUAUGUUUGCCUUUAAACAUUCUGUAAUUUUCCAGGAAGUGAACACAUCAAACUUCAGCCUUACUGAUUAAUAAUUUCUUGUCUGUACAAUAAUCAGAUGUUGUUUGGCAUGAUGAUUGUUUUGAAUAAACAACUUAAAUCUUU